AUGGAGGAUGAAGACUGGGUGGACGUGGGGAUCAUGGUUAAAGAGUGGAAAGAAGAACUUCAAGCUGCUCUACAAAAUAAUGACCAGGCUCUAGCAGCUACAAAGGCUCUGGACUAUAUAGAAAGAUUAAACAAUCUUCCUCUGACCAUUGCAAUCACUGGAGAGGCUGGCUCUGGUAAAUCUUCUCUGGUCAAUGCUCUGAGAGGAAUAAAAAACAAAACAAAAGACGCUGCCCCUACAGGCGUAAAGGAGACCACAAUCGAGCCAAAAGAGUACCCUCACCCACAAAACCAAAAGAUUAAAAUAUGGGAUCUGCCCGGGAUCGGUACCACCAGGUUCACAGCUGACAAAUACCUGCAGCAUGUGGGGUUUGAGAAGUACGACUUCUUCAUCAUCGUUUCCAAUGAUCGUUUCAGAGAAAAUGAUGCAAAACUGGCUCGAGAAAUUCAGAGAAUGAAUAAAAAGUUCUACUUUGUUCGAUCCAAGAUUGACCACAACAUCCAAGAUGAGAAAGACAGUGACCCAGACCUAAAUGAGGAGGAGCUCCUUAAAACCAUCAGGGAUGACUGCACUGAAGGACUUCAGGACCUCGGUAUCAAGUCUCCAAAAGUCUUCUUGGUGACCAGUCUCAGACUUCAGCUGUACGAUUUCAGUCUGCUUUGGAAAACUUUAGAGAGAGAACUUCCUGAACACCAACGAGACGUGCUCCUUCUCGCUCUGCCAAACAUUAGUCAGGAGGUCAUUGAGCAGAAAAAAAAAGCUUUAGGGAGCAGAAUAAAAUGGCUCACUUUAGCGUCUGCAGCUGGAGCAGCUGUACCUGUCCCUGGCUUUUCUGAGGGUCUUGAUUUGACCAUGAUAUUAGCUUUUACGAUACUGUGUCUAAGAUCACUGGGUCUUACUCGUGAGUCGCUGCAGAAGUUGUCUGAAGUUAGUGGGGUGUCUUUAGAGAAUCUCAAAGCAGAGUUAAAAUCUCCUCUGGCAUCAGCAGGUGAGGUAACCAAAGAGCUCCUGCUAAGAGUGCUGUCCAUGUCUGCCACUCACAUUGUAGCAUCAGCUAUUGAGGAAGGAUCCAGGUUUAUCCCAGUUAUUGGAAUACCGAUUGCAAUGGGUCUUUCAAGUUUUACAACCUACAAAGCACUAUAUUACAUACUAAACUCACUGACAGGAGAUGCACAUCGUGUUUUUAUGAGAGGCCUGGCAUUGAACACACGUGUGUAAACAUG